AUGACAUCGGAGGAGGAGGCAGCAAGGUCGGAAGCAGAAAUCAUUGAAGGAAUUACACAAAACUAUGAAAGGGAAGAAUCAGGAGCGGACACAGAACUUCCAUUCGACGAUUGCAAAGAAAAUUCCGAUAAUCAGCAACUCGGCUGCAGCCAGGUCAUGAGUUCCAGGCCUCUAACAUCGCGAAAGCCAAGAAUGCCAUCAUUUUAUCCUUCAUACUUCCCGUACCAUGCUCAGCACUCCAUUCUUUCGACAGUGCAGCGCGUUUUGGAGGAAUCCUGCUUUGAAUUUGCACAAAAAUGGUUCCCCAUGGACAUUAAAGAGCACGAUUGGGACUGCGCCGAGGCUGUCGAACUUACAAAAUGGACGAGGUUGAUCCAGAAACGGAGCUCAGAGCUUCCUUGCGGCAGUCUACUAUUGAGCGGCUCAGAGCUUAGCAUCGCGUUAUCGGCCGUUCAUAAAAUCCGCCACACUGCUGUCCAUAGAUUAUUGACUACAGCACGAGGCAUAGAUACGCUUGUGCUCUCUGCCAUGCGUGUGACUGGGAUUUUACAGGAUACGCUACGCACUUCCCAGUUAGAGGAUCUUCAUUUGGAUCUAGUGAGUAAAAUUGAAACAAUGGAGCUUCAGAAAAAGGCUCUCGAUAGUUCCCUUGCACAAGAUCUGGAAGAUGUACGGCUACAGAAAGAGCAACUGGAGCAAAAGGAAGAGGCUCUCAGGGAGAGAGCUGUGAGCAAUGAUCAGGACAUGAAAUCCUUGAUGGGCAUUUUGAUAGCAGAAACAGUGGAAAAGGUGUUCAGUCAUGACUACAAGGAUCAAUGGGAAGCCGAAAUGUUGGGGUUCGCUACUGCUGACGAGGGUGACGAUAGUUCAAAUUAG